AACGACUCGUUUUGUGUAUAAUUUUUUAAGAAUCUUAAUUAUUAAUUUUAAGACAGUUUUAGAGCAUAAUUAAGUGGUUAAAAGACGAUUUCCUGACAAUAACGAUUCAAAAUGGACAAAACAAGUGAAUCUGAAAAUUCGUUAUAUACUGAUAUUGUUAAGAACCUCAGUAGCUUGAUGAGUGAUGUCAAGCUAGAAAAUGAUGGUUCCUCAAUGAAUGAUGCUUCAAAGUGUGUAGGAACUAAACUUGAUAAACAACCCAAUACAUCCAGCAUAAAUCAUGGUAUUCAGCAGACAUCGAACACUAAAAGUCAACUGGAUUAUCAGCAACAAAAUAAUGCAUACUUAAAUCAGCUUCAGAUUUUGUCACUUCAAAAUCCACAAUUGCUAAGCUUGCAUCUUAAUGCACACAUCCAACAACUUACUGCUUAUAAUCAACUUUAUUUAAAACAAAAUCAAUCACAACUGAGUAAUUUAAGCUGUGUUUGGAGUGGUCCGAUUUCAACAAAAACAAAGGAUGAUGCUGCUUAUUCUAAGAAAGUUUUUCUUGGUGGUAUACCGUGGAAAUUUGAUAACAAAGAUAUUAACAAACUGUUGAAUGAAUUCGGACCAAUUAAAAUUGAAUGGCCAGUCGAUGAGAAUAAUAAUAAAGUUAAAGGAUUUACGUACGUUAUUUUUGAAUCAGAACAAGAUGUCAAAGCUUUAUUGGAUACUUGUAAAAAGAACGGAACAUAUUUUUACAAAAGUAGUAGCUACUUCCACAGAAUGGUUAUUUCUGGAAAGCAAAAAAUUAUAGAAAUUAUACCUUGGAAAGUUUCGGAUGCCUGCCAUGUUAAUUGUUCAAAUCAAAGUUUGAAUGAAUCUUUAACUGCUUUCAUAGGUGGAAUUCAUGGCAAAUUGUCAGCUAACGCAUUAGCAACAAUCAUGAAUGAUUUAUUCGGUGGCGUGGCCUUUGUUGGCAUAGAUGUUGACGAAUAUAGCUAUCCAAAAGGAGCUGGGCGAGUCAUAUUUAAUAAUCAGAAUUCAUACAUGCAAGCAGUAGCUGCAAAGUUUAUUCAAGUAAAGUCUGGAAAGCUCCAGAAGAAACUUCAAAUUGAUCCCUUUAUUCAAGAUUCGUUAUGUUCAUCAUGCGGCUUUCAACGUGGAAAAUACUUUUGUCGUGACGUGAAUUGCUUUAGCUACUUUUGCUGUCAAUGUUGGAAUAUCCGACAUUCUCUAAAUAUUAAUUUCCAAGGUCAUAUACCACUAACACGUAGUUCUAAUUCCCAACAGCAUGAAUGCUUGGAUAUGAAAUUUGUUGGGACUAAGAAAGAUCCAAUUAAGCCAUUUGUCAUGCCAACUGAAGGCAAUAAGACAAAAGUCAAGAAUUCUGGUAUUCGCUUUAAUCGCUCUUUUCGUCGCUUGCGCAUCAAGCUCAGCAGUAUGGCCUUAUGCUCCAUCAGCUCCAUGGGCUUAUUCAGCUUAUUCACAUGCACCAAUCACACAAUACUCAUCAUACCCAGCUUAUUACGCUCAUGCUCCAGCAGUUUCCUAUGCUAAUCACGUUGCUGCCCCAUACGUUGCCAGCCCAUAUGUUGCUGCUCCAUACGUUCACGCUCCAGUUGUUGCCGCUAUCCCACAUACAGCUACAUACACAGCCGCAAACAAAGGAAGCGUACACACAGCUCCAUUGCCAGGACAUGCUGUCUCACAAACAUCAUUGAAUUUGGCUCCAGCACCAGGAACCCACUAAAUUAAGUCUAAGCAAAAACAAAUAAUGAAAUGAUUAAAUCAUAGUCAUUGGGUACCAAAAACUGCCAAUGUUUUCUAUCCUCAA